UGGCGUCACAAGGCGGCCUAGUUUGCUUUGAUCCUCCUAUACGUUGUUUUCUGGAUAAUGUCUCUGCUUCAUGGUGACACGAAGUACUUUCGAUCCAACCAUUGGCCUCGGCAAGUUAUUAGGCACCUGCAGCUACAUUGGGCUCUAGCGCAUUGGUACCCAACGUCGAAUGUUCGCCGCAGGCCAUUCCCGGCCUGCUUCACAGUGCACAGGGAACGAUUCUGGAAACACGUCGACAAAGCUUAGCCCGUCCGUCACGUUGGCAGCAUGGUCGGGAUGUUGUCGUCGCUGGACCGGAUCCAUUAUGAUACUAGGCACUAUCGUCCUGUACAGCGAGUCCCGCUGCAUACAGUCCACUCCAGAUCGUGUUCGUUGUAUGACGACAGACAUGGAGACUUCGUCAGAAACAACUCAAACUCCCAGAGUGCGAGCGACGCCCGUGGCCCAACCAUUCCGAGGCCGCGGGCCAGGGAAGUCCGUGGUCGGUAGGGUAUCAAUGAAGUUGGGAGAGAGAAUAAUGUGUGCGAAGCAAUGUCCCUUUGCCCUGCGGCGAGGAACAACACUGCCAGACGCUCUGGACUUCCAAGGUGGUAUAAUAGGAGACAUCAAGCUGUGUCUUCCCGCGUGUACGAUUUUUCUGAACGAUGUUGCUCUUGUUUGCGGUUUGCCCCGUCGCCUGGUUGCAUCACAAGGUCCACCAUUUCCAACGCUGCGUCUUCUUCUUCAGCCCAAUUCAUUCACCGACUACCGUUUGCUGCCGUCGUUUUACGGUCAGCCAAAACGACAAGGAGAGCCCCACUGAAGCCCCAGCGCCAUCCAAGUUUCCAGCCCAACGUUGGCGAUGUAUUAUGAACCUUGCGACUUCAGCCGUUCAAAGUUCUUUUUAUUCAAAAUUACAACUUGAUCUCGACAACUUUUCAGAAGAAUCGAAGGUCAAAGGUCAUCGGGAACUU